CCCCUCCCCCUCCUGGUGCAUCUCUUCACCGGGAACCCGUCCGUCUCUCGCUCACUUCAGUGGGAAGCGCCUGCUGCACGCACGCUGCAGAGAGAUGGCCUCACCAAGGACGAUUACAAUCGUGGCCCUGUCUUUUGCUCUGGGGUUGUUCUUCGUGUUCAUGGGAACCAUUAAGCUCACUCCGAGGCUAAGCAAAGAUGCAUACAGUGAGAUGAAAAGGGCAUACAAGAGCUAUGCCAAGGCAUUGCCAGGCCUGAAAAAGAUUGGCAUCAGCUCAGUCCUGCUUCGCAAGAUCAUCGGCUCUCUGGAGGUGGGCUGCGGCGUGGUGCUCACCCUCGUUCCCGGCAGGCCGAAGGAUGUGGCCAACUUCCUGCUGCUGCUGGUCAUGCUCGCCGUCCUGUUCUUCCACCAGCUAGUAGGAGACCCCCUGAAACGGUACGCCCACGCUCUAGUCUUUGGUAUCCUGCUCACCUGCCGACUGCUCAUUGCACGCCAGAGCGAUGACCGGCCGGAGAGAGAGGACAGCAGAGAGGAACAGCACGUUAACGACCAGGAGAAGAACAAGGUCAAGCAGUCUUAAGAUCUUCCUUCUACCAAGCCACAACGAAGGGAACCUCUUGCGCGCCUAUGGAUUGUAGUAAAUCGAAUUUUGAAGGAAUCAGUCACUCCCAGUAAUAAUACCCCCACACACCCAUCUCCUGUCCCAUCCAGCUAGCUGACUGAUUACUCUCACCUAUUCCUCUGCACUCUUACUGUGAAACUGAGAAACUCCCGAUCCAGACAUCCUCUACAAUCAUACCUGUGGAAACACUCUUGAGCUCGACUCAUUGUCUGAAUAGUGAAUCCAAUUCCCCCAUUUAUUCCAGUCCUACACUGUGUUUAAUGUGUUUGUGUUUUUAAUUAAGUAUUCAUUUCGUUUAUGUUACGAAUUGAUUUGGGAAUGCUGUUUGUCAUAAGAGACACUUUCUAGCUUGUUUUUCUAAUUUGUUUUUAUACUGUAAGAAGGAGAGAAUGGUGAUUUAUGAAUUUCAAUUGUUCAAGUGUGUUUCAUUUGGCCAAGAGUAGAGAAAAUGAACGAAAAUGAACGCUUUUGAAACAAUUUUGUACUAAUUAUACACUAGUAUUACAUAUCCACAUCUUAUUUUUGUGUUGUGUUACUUGAAGGCUAUUUAAGAAAGAAAAAACAUGAAUCCUCAUUUUUCAUCUAAGUAGGCCCUUACAUUUUUUUGUAGCAGUGCGCAUGAAAUCCUUUCUCCCAAAGUUAAUAAGCUGCAUCCCUCGUUCUCCUUUCACAUCAGUUAUCACAGUGAAGUUGUUUAGCUGGAAAGUACAGCAGUUGCUGCCUCAGGUGUCCGCUGCUGGCUUGUGCAGCGGAACAAC